AUUUCUCAGCCGCUUUUGCUAGGGUUUUUGUUCUCGUGCUCUCACUCUCCCUAUUUUUCUCUCUCUAUCACUCUCCCUCUCAUUCUCUGAUUAAUUCCAAUUUCAAUUCAAUUUCAUGGAUUACUAAGGUUUCUUUUCCAUUUACUGGGUAAAUUUUUGUUCGAGAGGUUAGGGUUUAUCAAAAAAAUCUUGUGAGAUAUGGCAACCACAAACCCCUUUGAUUUGUUGGAUGAUGAUGCCGAGGAUCCCGCCCUCAUUGCUGCUCAGCAGAAGGUUUCUGCCGCCGUCGCCAAUGAGAAGAAAACUCCGGCCGCCGCUGCUGCUAAGCCAGCCAAACUCCCGUCUAAGCCACUCCCUCCUUCUCAAGCUGUGAGAGAGGCAAGGAAUGAAGGUGGCCGCGGAGGAGGCGGCCGUGGUGGUCGUGGAUAUGGACGUGGACGUGGUCCAGGUGGAGCUAACAGAGAAAAUGAUGACACAUUUGCCAAUGAUAAUGGUGCUCCAAUGGUGUAUAAGGAGGAAAGAGGACAAACUGAAAGGCGUGGAGGGUAUGGUCCUCCUCGUGGCGGUUACCGUGGAGGACGCCGUGGUGGAUUUGAAAAUGGAGAAGCUGCUGAAGGUGAACGGCCUAGGAGGACGUAUGAGCGCCGUAGUGGGACUGGAAGAGGUGGUGAUGUCAAACGUGAGGGUUCUGGCCGUGGAAACUGGGGAACUCCUGCUGAUGAGAUCGCACAGGAGACUGAGGAACCUGCUGUGGUUGAAAAUGAGGCAGUUGUUGCAGCUGAGAAGCCAGCUGGAGAAGAAGUUGCUGAUGCUGGAAAGGAGAAUCCCGAAAAGGAAGCUGAAGAAGUAGAGCCUGAAGAAAAGCAAAUGACUCUCGAGGAGUAUGAGAAGGUCUUGGAGGAGAAGAGGAAGGCUUUGCUAGCAUUGAAGGCUGAGGAAAGGAAGGUUGAUGUGGACAAGGACUUCGAAUCCAUGCAGCUGAAAACAAAGAAGAAGGUUGAUGACGAGGUCUUCAUUCAACUGAACUCUGACAAAGACAAGAAGAAAGAGGCUGCAGAGAAAGAAGAGAAGGCCAAAAAGUCUGUGAGCAUAAAUGAGUUUCUGAGGCCUGCCGAGGGUGGUGAUCAAUACCAAAGGCGUGGUGGAAGAGGAAGAGGCGGCCGCGGUGGCAGGGGAGGUAAUGGUGGUGGAGGAUAUGGCAUGAACCAUGCAACUGCUCCUAAAAUUGAAGAUCCCAACCAGUUCCCAACUUUGGGUGGAAAAAACUGAGAUUUUGUCCGUUGUUGUCUUAGUUUAUUUUUGGCGCUCUUAAAUUUGAGACUUAUUUAUGAUGUUCAGGAGCUCAUCAGUUGCAAAAAGAUUUGACAGGAAAUAUGAUGUUUUUCCUGUAUUAAAGAGUGUAAAUCUUAGUUGUUUUACCUUGCAACUUUUGUUUUUUUGUUCUCUGUUGGGUCGUCUCGUCUUUUACCAAAUCAUUAGGGUGAUAGAAAGUGUACUUUUGGUCUUAGUUCUGACUUUUUUGGGAAGAAUUUUCUAGUAUUGAGGUAGCUUUAGUUUCUGGAUCCAAA